GAAUUAGUUUUCCGGUAAGAUUUUGCAACCCUCGCCGAUUCACCGGACCGACUGUCGAAUUCACCCUGCAGGCCAAAGUUCUUUCGAAAAAUGAGAAGCCAUCCAGAGAUUCUUUGGGCUCAACGCGCAGAUAAAGUUUACCUGACCAUAGAUCUAACUCACGCAAAAGACAUUGCGGUUAAAUGCGAACCCCAUGGAUCGUUUAACUUUUCUGCCGUUGGGGCUAACGAUGAGACCUUUGACUUCAGUUUGGAACUUUAUGGGACUAUACUACCCGAGGGCUGCAAAACCCAAAUGGGGUUGAGGAAUAUACUAUGCACCGUUCAGAAAGAGGAGAAAAGUUGGUGGAAACGACUCUUGAAAUCCAACGAGAAACCUGCUCCAUAUAUAAAGGUCGACUGGAAUAGAUGGUGUGACGAGGACGAAGAAUUAGCUAACAGUGUUGAUAAUGAUGACUUGAAGUAUACUAGUGAUGAUGAAGGGAGCAGUGGGGACGACGGAAUGUUAUAUCUUCCAGACUUGGAAAAGGUGAGAGGAAACUAGAGAACAGAUCUACAAAAAACCAAGUUGAUAUCAGAUUACUGCUGUUGACUUUGACUUGACUAGAAGGUGGUGGAGCUGUAACUUGGUCAUUUGGAUCUUUUGUAAUGUCACCACCGGCAGCCUACUUCAAAACACUAUAUCAUA